UAAUAUUAGUCGGCGCAGGUUUCUAAACGCUAGUAGAUUUUUCGUUAAACAAGUUUUGUUUUUAUUUUAAACACAAUUAAACCGCUUAAAUUAAUAAUAAAAAUACUUUAAAUAGUUUAAUAAAUGAGUGCCUUAUAACAGUGAAAUGAAAUUUAAAGAAAUAAAAGCGUAAAAAAGCCAAUAAAUUGAAAAUCUAAAGUGAAUUUUUUCCCUAACAUUGUUGGUAAAGUGAAUGCAAACAAGUUAAACAAACAUACAUACCAACACACAUACAAUAAUAUGUAGAAAACAAAAUGCAAACAGGUAGAAAGACAUACGGAAUGCAAAAAAAGGUGUAGAAAAUAAACAACAUAAAAUGAAACGUGUUUGACAGAAUAAUAAGAAUAAAAAACAAAAAUAUACACAACAAAUAAAACAUUGCAUUUUCUUACUUUAACAAUUAGAAAACAACGAACUAAGUUUAAUUAUUCUACUAGAUACCGAGUAUCUAAUAAAUAAAUCAAUGUGAUACAAUGUUUAUUUUAAAAAUACAUACAUAUACAGUAAAUAUUUUUUAAAAAUAUAUUUUUGCAAAUAACUAAAAUAAACAAAUCAUUCAUGCAACAAUUGAAAUUCAUAAAAAAUAAUGUUUAUUUCAAUAAAUUUUGCAAAAACAAAAAUAAAAUUUAUAGAAAAGAAAUAAUUAAUAAAAAUAAAUUUUAAAUGAGACUAUAGAAUUUAAAUUACGUAGAAUUGUGUGAAUGAAAGUUGUUUUUUUUUUUUUAAGAAAAUUCAAAAGAAUGUGAAAUAAUGUGUUGCAUUACGUUAGUUGAAGUGGAAGAAAAACAAAGAAAAAUCUCAAUUAUCCGGAAGUUGUGUUUUCUAAAAGAGUGUAAUUUUUUGUGCCAACGUUACAGUAAUGACAUCUACUAGAAGAAUUACUGCUUAGAAAUGCCGUCAUUAGCUGCAAGAAAUUCUUCAACUAUGACAACUCUAAGUAACAAUAGUGUAGAUGCGGCUGCUGUAACAUCAGUAACGUCAUCCAACUCUGCAACAUCGAUAACAAAUGCGAAUAUGUCUGAAACUUGUAUUUAUUCUACAGUCACUACAACAACAAAUUUGGCAUCUACCACCUCUAGUUUAGCUACUGCACAGCAGCAGCAGCAACAACAGCAAGAGGACUUUUUACAGCAGCAGCAACAGUACCAACAACAACAACAUCAGCAGCAUCAACAAAAAUAUAAUUAUUAUCAUCCACCUCCAGCUGUGGGUAAUUCUUUACUUUAUUCUAGUAAUAAUAAUGGUGGAGCAAGUGCAACAACUACAACAUCCACAGUAACAGCAGCAUCAGCAGCCGCAACAACGGGUUUAGCAACAUUUAACGGAAAUUCGAAUUUAGAAAAUGUUGCUGUCCAUGCAAAUGGUAACAGCAACAACAACAACAACAACAACAAUAAUAAUUUUAAUACAAACUACAACAACGGUAAUUCUAGUAGUAACAGUAGCACAACAACAAAUGCCAACAGCAGCAGCAAUAGUAAUAGUAAAAUGAAUUCUACGCCACCGCCUGUUUCUGCUGUCCCAGGUAAUUCUAUAAUUGGCCACAAAACGGAUACAACCUUAACUGGUUGUAUAUUAAGUGGCGGUAGUGGUAGUAUUGUAGGCAUAGCUCCUGCUUCCGCUUUUAAGCAUCAGUCACAGCAACAACAGCAACAACAACAACAACAAUUACUUGCUUCCCGUGAGGAUGUUGCUUCUUUGGCUGGCUCCUCAUCUAUAAAUAGCCAAAUAUCAACGAAUAAUAACAAUCAUCAUAGCAACAUGAAAGCACCACCACCACCAGUAACAACAACAGUUAAUGGAGGUGGGAAUAGCAGCAACAAUAAUCAUAAUCUCAAUAGUAUAUUGAAAGGAAGUAAAG